AUGAGUAGAAGCAAGGCAAAGAGAGUUGGUGCCAAAAAAACACUGCAACAAGUCUGUGACGAGAAUGAUCUUGAGCAGUCCGGUCCUCCCAGUGCUGAGUGGACCGACAGAAACUCAAUCAGUGCACACACCUCGGUCUUGGAAGAUGAUCUUUUCAAAGAGUUUGACUCACUUCUUUCCCAACCUGCUCUUGCUGGUGUUUGUAAGUCAGACCAGAAGCUUCCAUCGUCACCUAAAAAAUUCCAACAUCCUGUCAUAUGUUUUUUGGAGAGAAGGCUUUUUCCAGUGUUGGUUCCCGGAUUGAAGGCUAUGUUGAAGGAAGCUGAGAAAAAGGGCUGUUUUAAGAGGAAAAGAACAGCAUUUAAUCCAUUUGAUUUUCUGAUUCACUGGCUAUACAAUAAUAACCCCCAGAGGCCUGGACAGGGGCCAGUGAAGUUCCAUGGCAUUCCCUUCGUCAAAGAGUGGCUCAUGACACAUCCCAGGGGUCCCAUCCCUCUGUUUCUGCGGCUAAGUGAGAGUCAGGCUGCGCUGCGUAUUCAGGCGUUCUGGAGGGGAUACAGGAGCCGAGCUAGCCCAGAUAUGCUGGCACUGCGCCAGUGGCAAAAAGAACUGAGCGAGAACCACGAGGUUCCCAGAACUGUGCAGGACUUCUGGGCUUACCGAGAAGGCAGAAUAACAGAUCCUAGUAGCUCUGAUGGGUCCACCCACAGGGGUUCCUCAAUUACUGAGAGAUCCGGUGACCAUAGCUCCUCUUCCCAGAUGAACUCUGAGGAGGAGGAUUCACAGACCUCCAGCUCAGGCAGUGCAGAGGAAGAAUCUGCCACAACACCAGUGGAUGAAUCCCCAGCUGCAGCUAAGCCUGAUGAUGACCCUCAGACGGAACAGUCUCCUUCAUAA